GGUCAGUGCGGUCACUGCAGCCGAGCCGAGCCGAGCAGAAGCGACGCAGAUCAUGUCUGACGACCAGCAGCUGCUGUCCGGGUGGGAGAAGCGCAUGAGCCGGAGCUCAGGUCGGGUUUAUUACUUCAAUCACAUCACGAAUGCGAGUCAGUGGGAGCGGCCGAGCGGAGCGGGGCCCGACGGCGUCAGCGAGGUGGAGAAAGUGCGCUGCUCUCACCUGCUGGUCAAACACAACCAGUCGCGCCGGCCGUCCUCCUGGAGAGAGGAGAACAUCACACGCAGCAAAGAGGAGGCGCUGCAGCUCAUCCAAAAGUACAUCGAACAGAUCAAGUCUGGCCAGGAGGACUUUGAGAGUUUGGCGUCUCAGUUCAGUGACUGCAGCUCAGCGAGGAACGGAGGAGACCUGGGCUUGUUCGGCAGAGGUCAAAUGCAGAAGCCGUUUGAAGACGUCUCGUUCGCGCUGGAGAUCGGAGACAUGAGCGGCCCCGUGUUCACCGACUCAGGAGUUCACAUCAUCCUGAGAACCGGAUAACCGCAUUCCCCCUCCGUCAUCCCGCAGAUAACACACA